AUGCGUUCCAUCUUGUUCUUGGCCACUGGCGCCCUCGGCAUGGUUACCAUUGCGCAUGCUCUUCCAGCCUUGGUUUCUACCACUACCGACGCCCUACAUACUGCGGAGCGUACUGCGGGUACUAUCAAUCCCGGCAGCAAUAGCCUUGCCAAUACCAAAAUCAGCGACAAGAGUUACUCAGUCCUCCAGAAACGCGUUAAGCCGCACAGGGUUAAAGUUGAGGUCCAAGCCGGCUCCUCUGGAAGCAGAGGUGGCGGUCUUCCUGCAGACACAGCCGAUGAAUGGAUCGAGGCAGCCCAGAAGGCUUUAGCCGACAUUAGCUGCAACAAGGGCACAAUUCUCAACGGUCCGCAUAGUGGCGGAGAUUCUAGCAGCGCAGACCAAAGGGAGCAUAUUACUGUUCAGCCUGAAGAUGGCGGCUCUAAGAUGCACGUGUAUUUUGAUGGAACUUACACUCGGUCCAAAGUUACCCAUAAGAAAGGUAGGAAAGGCGGGAGAUAA